CAAAGAGUAUUAGGUAUAUAUCGGCUACCUAUCCGUAUAACUAUAAACUUCACAAGGAAGACUCGCAAAAUCGCCAAUUGAAUUGGAGAUGUUUAGAUAAUAUUAAUAAUUAUUAGGCGCUAGACCUGUGAUCUAUGUUUAUGUCAUUAAAUAAUUGCCACUAUUGCCUACAUUGUAAUUUGUGUAUUUCAUUUAUCGUUGUAAUUUGAUAAAACUUUCAAAAUGAAAUCGAAAAAGCGUCACCAUGAUAGUUCUGAGGAAUCCGAGGAGUCAGAUGUUAGCUUGAAGUCUACUAGUUCUUCCGAAAGUGAUAGCGAUGAUUCUUCAUUAUCUGAACCUCGGCACAAAAAGAAGCGGAAACGUGCUGAAUCUUCAGAUUCAGAUAGUAACAGCGAUGACCAGAAACGUGUAAAGAAACGCAAGCAUAAGAAAAAGAAGAAGAAGCAUGGCAAGAAAAAGCGUCGAUCACAAUCAUACGAUGAUGUUUCCGACGAUGCUAUAUCUAUAAGCGAAGGUGAAAUCUCUCCUAAGAAGAAGAAGAAGCACAAGCAUAAGCAUUCCAAGCGAUCUCAAAGUUCCGUUAGUGGAGAUGAAGAUUAUGAAAACAAGUCUGAUCGUCGUUUGCAUAGCGUCGUAAAAGAACGUAGACCAUCCUCAGAAGAAGGCAUUCAACCAUCUCGGACAUAUUAUCAAAAAGAAUAUCAUCGAUCUGCUUCUGGUGAAGAUUAUGUACGUGAACCUCAGAAGUAUUAUCAGCAACCGGGUAGACCGCGUCACCACGAAUACCAGGACAGCUACAACUAUGAUCGAGAGAGAAAUGAAAGAUUUGCACCGCAAGAUGAAAAGUUCGAACGGGUGAGGGACAGAUAUCGUCAAAACGCGCCUUUUGUUCCCAACGAGGAAUACAGCGGACGGCAAAGGGAUUUUGAUGAAUACAAAAGGAAUCCCCGAUAUGAAGAUCAAAGAAGGGAUGAAGACCAUUAUAGGAGAGAAAGAGAUGUGCCGUACGAGUCUAGAGAAGAUAUGCGAGGAAAUAAUAGAUUCAAUCGAUAUGAAAGGGCUCCUAAACGACGAGAAUUCGGCGAUGUUCGAGAUUAUCGUGAAAGACGUGGCCCGGCCGAACCUGAUCGUUUCCGCGACAAGGAUAGAUUGCAAGAGGACAGAUAUUCGUCGGAAAGGAGCCGUGACGUCCGUCGCGAGAGACCCGGCAGGAGCGACAAACCGCCAGUUCCUCUUCGCGGGGAUCACUCAACUUCUAAAAGUCCCGAAGAGCGGUAUAGGGACACGAGAAGACCGGAGAGGGCGGCGGAGAGAGAAGAAAAAGGGGAGAGAGGGAAGAGAACGGAGAAAAUCGAUGGAGGGGAGCGAGAGGAGAGGCCGCGCGAUGAGCGGCCGGAUCGGGCCCGGGACCGGCCCCGAGACGGGCCCCGUGACGGGCCACGGGACGGACCACGGGACGGGUCCCGGGACGAUCGCCGCAACCGACCGCGAGACCGGAAGUCCAGAUUUGAAAAUGCAAGCGAUAACAAAGAAUAUACUUGGGGUAAAACCGAAGUGAAGAAUGAGAAUGAUAAAAACCCGGCGGACAAAGAGAAACCGAACUUUGGACUAUCUGGAAAACUUACAGCCGACGCGAAUACGGUGAACGGCGUCGUUAUAAAGUACACCGAGCCCGACGACGCCAAGCAACCGAAACGACGCUGGAGGUUCUACCCGUUCAAGGGCGACAAGGCGCUGCCGAUCCUGUACAUCCACCGCCAGUCGUGCUUCGUGAUCGGGCGCGACAAGAAGGUGGUGGACAUCGCGCUGGAGCACCCGUCCAUCAGCAAGCAGCACGCCGCGCUGCAGUACCGCGCCACGCCCUUCGCGCGCGCCGACGGCUCGCAGGCGCGCCGCGUGCGCCCCUACCUCGUGGACCUGGAUUCUGCGAACGGUACGUUUGUGAACAACAAGAAAAUAGAGCCGAGGCGCUACGUGGAGUUGCUGGAGCGCGACGUUGUCAAGUUCGGCUUUUCGCAGCGGGAGUACGUCCUGCUGCACGAGAACAGCAAAGAUGACGCCCAGGACGACGACCAGGAUCCUAACCUGGCGGUCGCCACCACUGACCAGAUCAAGCAGGAGAAGAGGGCUAAGGAGGUGGCGGCGGCCGACGGGGAGUAGGGCUAUAUUGUCAUUAUGUAAAGCGAAUUGUUCAAUUAUUAAACUCGAGUAGUUCAGAUGUGAAUUAUUAUAACUCUUUAAUAACUGUAAGUUUAUGAAAUAGUUUUGUUUUCCAAUAUAGCUUAGAUGAUUUAUUUUAGAAUUCGGUUUAACGGUCAGGAAGGUGACCUGAUCGUAAUAAUAUUUUAAAGAUAAGGAAUACGGUAUAAGCACAGUUUAAGGUAUGCCUUUGUUAUAUGAGAUUCGUUAAUUGUUUAUUAGUUGGUGUGUAGAAGUUUCAUCGAUCUAAUAAAUCAAUCUCUUUUUAAUAUAGACGCUAAAUUAUAUAUAAUAUUUGUAGCCAAAUAGUGCAACUUGAUGUACUUUAGUAUUAAAAUGUUUGCAAACGAAUAUAAAAUAUUUCUACAUAGUUGGUAGUCACAAAAUAUUAUUUAUGGCAGACUUAUCAUCUAUGAAUAUCAUUCUUGACGAGUAAUAGAAAGUGUAUCCUAUUAAUAGUUUAAGGCGAACAGGAGUAAAUGAAACGUUGCGUUACUGAUACAUACGACGUCUCCAGUUUAUUAAAAACAGAUCAUAGAAGACCAUGAUUAUACAUAUUUUUGUUAAAAUAAGUCCUAGCAAUAAAAUAAAUGCAUAACUAUAAUGA